AUGGCGGAGCCAUCUGAGAGUCCGAUUGAGUCAUUCAUCGAAAAGAUUAGCGAGAAGAUUCAUCAUCGUAAAUCUUCAUCGUCGGAUUCGGAGUCCGAUUCAGAGAAGAAAUCGUAUCCAUCCGAGUUGGUGAAGGCCAAGAUUUGGCGAUUGUUUGGUAGAGAAAAGCCUGUUCAUCAUCCUCUCAGUGGUGGAAAGAAGACGGUCACUUGGAACCUGCUGGUGGUGUUUGAUGGUCGGUCCUAUGAUGGAAACAGAAAUAGAGGUUUCUCCCUAAAGAAGAUGAAGAAGAAGAAGAAGAAGAAGGGAGAGAAUAUUGCGAGUCUAGAUCUAGAGACUCUUUCCUUGGAAGGAGAAGAAGAAGAAAGAGGGUAA